AUGACUGAAGCGCCGGAUCUUCUCCAACUCGUCCAAGGCUUGAGUCCCGAAGAACAAGCCGUGCUCCGUGGCGUCUUCGAGAAAGACCUCGAGUUCCAACGGCACGAGAAGGCCCGAUUGAAGUACCUAAAAAUAUACUAUGUUUCUGAAUAAGUCAAAUUUUCACAGGACCCUGAAAACAAACGUCGAAGUUCAGAGAUGGGAGCUGAGCAACCGGAAAGCCUCCGUUCCGGCCAGUCUUUCCUCGGAAAGUUGCGCUUCCAAUUUGAGCAGCGUCUCUGGUCAGAGGUCUGUGGUUUUCAUGGAUUCCGACGGAAUUUUCGAAACUUUUUCAAAAAGUUCAAGGUAGAAAAUAAGCAACGCUGCAGUAAAUUAGUAAUUUUUGCGUGUUAAUUGAUGAAUUUAAAAAUUAUCUGAGUGAGAAAAUAGGAUCCAAACUUUCGUCGUAGACAGUUUCAGGGGAAGAAACAAUCAAAAAAAAAUUCUGCAGAAUUCUACCACGGGCAAAGUCCAAACGGUCUCAAAAAGAAGAACUUAAAGCUCUCUUUAUUUAGGGGCUCAAAAAGGAGCUUUAGAUUAUUCUCUUUAAGACUUCUUUGAGGCAUUUUGAACGUUGCCUGUGUCAAGAACUUUUUUUUCCCUAGAUUUUUGGCGAAAAGGUUGUUUUUGGUUUUGGCCUCAGCUGAAAUUGUUAAUUUCUGACCCUACCCGGAUUUAAAAAAAGGACCUACAAGUUUGGCGAAGAGUAGAGAAAUUAACCUUUCAAACUCUUCUAGUUAUAAUUUCUGAGAGCAAACUUAAUAUGGAUAAUAGCUUUUUUGCAUAUUGAGAGUGUCUUAAUCCUCUUUGUGUUUUCAAAAAAUGAAAGAAAAUUUCAGCCCUUUCUCGCCGUCACGUUGGUCCAGAAACUGCGCGAUUUGUUCCAGUACUUUGGGAUUUAUUCUGAACAGCGGGACCAAGUGUCGAAAGUGCUCUACGGUUUGAUAUGUUCUUAUAUAUGAAGUUCUUCAAUGGAGCGUUUUUUCCGUGAGUAAGGUAUAAUUUUAGAUUCUUUGCGAUCGUUGCCGGACGACGGUGAACUCCAAAAAUAAGGAGAGCUACCUUUGUCCGAUUUGCUAUCAGGAACGGUGAGCUUGGACUUUAAAUUUCAAGUUAUGCUCUCCUAAAAAGUAUGUGAGUCAGACGUUGGAAACGCAAAUUGGACUUUCUGAACCAUAUUAGUGAUCACUUAAGUGUCCAGACGCUGUUAAAAUAAUCAUUCAAUGGCUUAGAAGUGGCUAGGGCACGUCCGGUUGGCGGUACUAAUAAGAGAAAAUCACAAAAAGACGUAGCUAGCCAAUGAGAACCUUCUGAAGCAAACUUGGAUUUUUUAUAUGGAUAUUCGAACUCUCGGUAACGCGAACCGGACGCGCCUCGACGUAUCUGAGCAUCUCUAGUGAUCCCUAUAGCGGUUCCCGCACUCUUAAGUGAUUACUUGAAAUGCUCACAAACGUCCGAGACGCGUCCGGUUUGUCUUACUUAGAACCGAGUAGUAGGCUGAAAGAAUUGAAUAAAAGUGAAAAUAUAGCGAUUCUUUGGAAACUCAUUUACGCUACGUAAAGCUUCAUGCGUAUCGCCUCUGAAAAUAAGUUCGACGGAUAUAUCUAGAGAGCUGGAAGCCGCCACGAACAGCUGGACGAGGUGCAAAGAAGAGCCCGAAGAAGACGUCGAACAGGCUUCCGAAGCGCUUCUGAAUGCGUUGCGUCGUGUCAAUUUCGAGAAGCGGAUGAGCCUCGACCCGGCGACAACUUCAACGGUCAGGAGUGAGUUCUGAAAACUGCAACUCUUCGAGAAAAAAAGCUUUUUCUGUUUGUAGUUUCUUUUUGACAGUUUUCUUAUUGCACCUAUCUGCCAUCUUUCAGAUUAAAAACUAAUAUAAAAACUUUGAAAUUGGGCCCGAAGGCUUUAAAUUUGGUGCAGAAGGGUUGGGAAAAUCUAUGAAAAAAGUUCGAUAUUUUUCAAGGCCGAGCUCCCUUCAUUUCACGCCGAAACUUGACUCUACCGUCGAUUCAGACCAAUUUUCUAGGCGUCCCUGACGAAUCGGAGGUUUAUCCAGUUUUUGAUGUCUUUUAGAGUUUAGAACUUUUUUCAGGUAGUCGCUGAUCAACGGCAGGCGACCAGUCAGAAGUUCUGGGGCGGAAGUCCGUCGCCAAGAAGUCCUCGCCGAUUUUGUGAGCUUUUAAGAAGGUUUCAGCGAUGAUAGGAAGCUCAGGCUCUCCUUGCGGUGACGUCAUCAGCUCGGCCAAAUCUUCUCCGGGACCCACGACGACGUCUUCCUCAAUGUUGGUGGCGAUGCAUCCGAGGUGAAUGAGUACACAGUUCGUAGUCUUGGGCUUCUGAAAGUGUUCCUGAAUGUUCCAAAAAUGAUAGUUUGUUCAAAUUAGUUUCUUUCUGUGAGAUUCUAUCACUUUUCAUGGUCUUUGAAAGGUUCUUUACUUAGUAACAGGAAGUUUCCCUAAAAGGCUCGAAGAUUAAAAAAAAACUUAUUAGGGAGCUCCGAGGUACAAGAAUAUGUUGAGGGAAACACUAAAUGUUUAAUUUUUUCGGCUAGCUAAGAAAUAUCUCAUAAUUUUUGGAUAUUUGUUUAUCUAAUGAUCUUUUUCGAAAUAACUUUGAACUAGAUUUCAUCAAUUUCGUACUUUUAGAGAGCCGAUUGGCAGUCCUGCACCAAGACCCUUCUCCACUUCGCCUCUGUCGGGAGUUCCAGAAGAGGAGGUGAAACAAGGCGUCAACGUCGCCGAGGUGAACCUUGAGACACAAUAUAAUCUUUUCAUAACCUGAAUUUCAUGCUAACUUUCGCGUAGAUUAAUUAUCGCGCGCGACGAUGAUCCUCUAAAAAUACCAUUUUCUCUUUAAGUUUUUUUGUUCUAAAAACAUAAAAAAGUAGUUAAACAAUGUAGCACUAUUAAAGGAUCACCGCAACGGCGAUGGAAAAAUCGAAAAAAAACAAAAUCGAAACUCAUAUUGUAGCCUCGGGUUCGGAGUUAGCUGCUUAAAAUUCUAAAUAGGGACCAUACUGGGAAAAAGUCCAGUAGUAACUUUUCUUUUGGAGAAGCCACCAAAUUGGCCCCUAUAAGAGUUUUCAGUGGCCUAGUAGUACCAAUUUUAUUGGACCUGAAGUGUCCACUAUUUCGACUACUAUUAGCCACUAAAACGGCAUAAAGUGGCCAUCUAAAAUUUUGCCAGUAAGUUAGAAAGAUAAGGCCUGGAAAACUGAUAAAAGUUCAGUUCUUGGUUGAAAUUAAGAUAAUGGAAAAGUAAUGAAAUGCUGGAGUAGGAAAAAAGUAAAAAUAAACUUAAUAAAUUUACGGAUCUCACUCUGAAACUAUCCUCAACUUUGCAGAAGAAUACGACUACUUUUUAGUGAGCUCUGAACUGAAUAAUGAGAAAAAUUCAGCAGCCGCAACGCGUCGACCGCCGCCGCAGCGCGUUCGAAGGAACUCGCAGGUCGGGAAAGCAACGCCGUCAGAGCGAAGUCCCGGUGCCGUCGUUCCGCUUGAGCAUGUGCUGACCAUGUCCUUUUUUGCUUUGCUUCUGCUUUUUUUGGGGUUGGAAACUAUUCCGGCACGUAUACACGUCUACCAAUAAAUGUGUUCUGUUUGCUUUCGCGCCCUCCCUCUGUUUGUCCGACGUCAGAUGUUUCCAAAGUGUUGCAAAUUUGGUUUAGCCAUUCGAUCGGAUCCGGCAAAGAUAAAGAAAUCGUCAAGAAACCAAGCCAAUUCGUUUGGGUUGAAGUGAAGGAGGAAGGUCGGUGGCUUUUGGUUUACAUCACGGAAUGCCGGAUUCCGCCGGUCAAUCCUGAAGUUUUGCAGGUGUUCUUGCAGGUGAGUAGGUUGAGAGAAGCUUCAUAACUUUCCAGGAGAGCGAAUUUUAAGUCAGAUAUUUUUAAUAAAAAGUGGUCUGGAAUAUGGUCGAUUCCGUGUUCAAAGUUAUUUCCGCAAAAAAGUUUUUACCGACUUUUCCAGUUAUCUUUUUCACUGUUUGACGGCGUUUUGAAUACUGCGGAAUCACUUUGAGCACGGCAUAAACAUCGAAAAAACACAUUUUCUAGUUUUCACUAUAGUUUCCCUAAAGCCCACUUUUUGAAAUUUAACCUUUGAUUCGGAGUACAAAAUAAACCUGUUUUUUAUUCUGUUAUGUGUUGUAACUUUCAAUUGAAAGUCAAAAUUUCGGCCCGACUAUGUAAAGAGCAGAUAAAUAAAGUCCACACAGGCUAUUUCAAUAGUCUUAUUACGGCUUUUGGACUGGGCAAAUGGGCAAAUAUUCAGCGUGAACAAAUAUUUCGAUUUGGCUGAACUUACUGAAACGGUAUAUUGAUUUUUCGAUUCUUCGCAGCGUUUUUGUUUUUCGGGCGACUAUUUUUGAUUGUUUUCGGGUUCUUAUGGUAGCGAAAUGGAACUAUAGUUUUCUUGAAAAAGUUUAGAUUACAAAAUUUCAAUUAUAUUUCAUGGGAUUCGGUUCAAAAGAGCUUGCUCGGUAUCCAUUUCAUUGGAUGGGUUUUGGUCUUCGUUCUAGGGAGAACUUCUGACCAGAAAACAAAGUUACAUUUAGUCAUAUCUUGUACAUUUUAUAGCGUUGGUUCAUCAAGGAAUCCCAAUUUUUUUUGUGGAGAUAGGCGAAUUCCUGUUGAUCAUGAGAAAGUACAGAUGCACCUGAAACCAGUGAAAACACUAUCAAAACUCAAAAAAAUGUACCCUAGAUGCUCUUGACUUUCGACGGUAAUGGACAAGGAAUGCGUCAUCGAAGUUUGCGUCACUGCGUGGGCCAAUGUAUCACGUUCAAUGAGAUUUUUCGGGUAAUCAUUACUAUUUUUCAUUAAUAACUAAUUAUGUUGAAAUGAUAUCAGUUCCCCAACAAAAGUGAAGUGAGGAAGGGAAAUAUACGUUUCACACUGUUUGGCUGCGCAUCCAGAUACGAGUUUCCAAUGGGACAGGUUGGUUUCAGUAGAAAGAAAUUCUUAUUUCUAAGUAUUUACUUCUGAGAGACCAAUCUUGCAUCAACUUUCUUAAAUGGCUUAAGGAUCAAAAAACCUUAUAUUUUCUGCCAAAAUUACAAGAAAUUGGCGUUCAGACACUGCAUUAUCAGGCAUGUUUAAGAUAGUGUUACGGCGGUCGGUGGCCGAUCAAUAUUGCGCUGUCAGUUUCGAAGCUAGGAAAUUUUUAAAAUUUUUCUUCUUUUUUUGCAAUUUGUUAAGGACCUAUUUCUCGAGGUUACAAGACAAGUUACGUCACAAAAAGUACACAAGUUUUCAUUUUAUUACCCAAAAACCUAGCUUGAUUACCGUAAUACGACCGGCCGCCUUAAAAAGGCGUGUUAUGUGAAUGAAAAUUAACAGAAAGCAUCGAUUUUACUUUUUUUUUUUUUGAAAUCUCGCACUUUUAACAGCUUAUCAAAACUUAACACUUUGCAACACUCUUAUCUUCCUCCUUGUUUUUCAUUUUUUCGAAAUUUCGUGAUUAACCUCAGUUCUUAUCUGCUCAGUUUGCCCCGCUAAUUUGAGAAGAAAUGUACAAGCUGUUGAAAACGUGUUUUAUGGAUCACAUGUGAUUGAACAUUUUAAGGUCAAUUUUCAGCUGUCAAAUUUUGGAAGAGUUUUUGUAUGUUUCGAGGAUUUUUGGAUGUCGAAACAGAACAGUUACAACGAUGAAGUUUUUUCAGUGUUUUUUUUUGUUGAAAUUUUCUCUUUCAAGUUUUACAGCAAAACAACUUUUUAUGAUGAUUUCGAGGACAUUAGGAUGCCUUCCUAUUAUAAAAACGUGGAUAAUUGUUUCAAAAAAAAAGUGGACUUUUUGCAGUACUCGACUGAUAAAGCAAUUCCAGGCGAUAGUGCCGGUGCGGGACAUGCUGGCUUCAUCUCCACAGUCGUGUACGAAAAUGGUCGUCGGCCUGUCGGUCAACACGGCCCGACGACGCGACGAGAACGACAACACCCGCAAGGAGCCGCGCUUCGACUGGAUCAUCUCUGUUUGA